CACACACACACACACACCUACAUGCGCACACUGUUACAGAAAGCUGUAUUCCCACAUUCCGCCCUCCGGGGGGGGGGAAGACACGCCCUCGGGCCCGGCGGAGGAGCAGAGGUGCGCGGCGAGAGGACGGCAGCAGACCCGCCGCUCACAGAGAUGGUUUGCCAGUUCGGGGCCCUGCUGGUUUUCAGCUUAGCGGUGAAGACGGGACUCGCUGCGGUGGGUUGUGCGUGUCCGGCCGCCACUGUUUUGUCCCGGUUUCCCGCCCGGCUUCCCGCCGACGCCUGCUGCCUGAACUACUCCGGCUCCGCCUUCGGCCACGUGCCCUGGUCCGCGUUCACCAACGAGUCCGACGUGGACACGCUGGACCUCUCCUUCUGCAACAUCAGCUCCGUUCACACCGGCGGCGGCGGCGGCCCGUCCGCCCUGCGCAGGGUCUACCUGGCUCACAACAGCCUGACGGCGCUGCCCAGGGACUUUCUGGCCGGCCAGCCCGGCCUGGCGGAGGUGGACCUGAGCGGGAACCUGAUUGGGGAACUCCCGGAGGGGUUCCUCCGGGACUCGGACGACCUGCGGACGCUGCGCCUGCAGGGGAACCGGCUGCGCCUCCUGCCGGCCUCUCUGCUGCGGAAGGCCGGUCUGCGGCGGCUGCAGCUGGACGGAAACCCCUGGGACUGCUCCUGCUCGCUGCUGGAGGCCCUGGAGGAAGGCAGGAGGGUCAACAGAACCACUGAGCUGCAGGACCUGGUGGGGAACCUGACCUGCGCCUCCCCCCGCCACCGGGCCGGCAGGGCCGUGUGGUCGGUGAGGCUCGACGACGCCUGCCGCCCCGCCGGCCUCACCGCGCUCUUCAUCGCGCUGCCUCUCCUCGUCCUCGCCGGCUUGGUGCUCGGCUGGUGCUGCGGGAGCAAGAGGAAAGAGGCGCCCGCGAGCGCCUCGAAGAGGAGAGGCGCCGCCGCCGCCGGCUGCAACGGCCAGAAGCAUCGCGGCAGGCAGAAGGCCGAAUGCGGCGGCGGCAGCGGCGGCGAGGGGAUCCUGAAGAACCAGCUGCCGCUGCGCCCGGCCUCCACCCUCCUGGGCAGCACCAGGGACAUCUACGAAGAGGUGGAGAUCAAGCUGGGCUCCGAGGCGUCCCUUCCACCGCGGCGUCCGUCCUCCGGCGGCUCCGGCUCGGCGGAGGCGAAGCGGGGCCCCCGGGGGCCCGACGCGGCCGGCAGGGCGGAGCCGGACUCGGUGAGCGUGACCGAGGUGAUGAAAGACUCGGCCGACAGGGAGAAGGCGUACCUGACCCAGUCGACGGAGUACUACAGCCUGGUGCCGGGCAUCGAACUGGAGGACUCGGACCACGGCGAGUACGAGGACGUCAGCCUCUCGUGACGCCGCCUCGGAGGAGCGGUUCAACGUUUGCUUUCCUUUAGAAAUAGAUUAUCCGUAUUCUUUUAAUCUGCUUCCAAAUGUUAGUGAUGAGGUCAUUUUAGUUGCUUUUCUUGCUGGUUUGUUUAUCUUUGACUUCAGUAUCUAUAAGGAUGCUCUUUUACUCAAAUUAUUACUGUUUAUUUCAUCUUAAAUGUUUAAAUUAUAUUGGGACACUUGACCUCUGUAACUAAGCUUCCCAGGCCCUGCGUACAGGUCUGUCACUCCGUUAGCUUAGCUUAGCAUAAAGACUGGAAUAAUUUAGAAUGGUCCAAAUCUUAACGAAUUAUCCCAUUAGUUUGAUACUUGGAAAAAUCUACUGUAGAAGGGUGAGCUAAUGCUAGUUUAGCGAGCGCUAGCAUUCACUAUCGCUGAGCUUCAAACCAUUUUCUCUGAUGUUGGAAUUUUUCACCUUCACAUUAGGUUAAUUCGUGUCUUUCUCUUCAUACAUUGAUGUCCCUACUGUGGCAGAGUUCAUGUUUUGUAUAAGUAUGUUGAGCACUGGGAUGACCCCACAAAGAGAGACUCCUCGUUGGAGUCUUUAUGCUAAACUACGCUAAAAGAAUCCCGUCCUUACAGAACUCACACACAAGUUGCAUCUUUGUUUCAAAAAUGUCAAAUGACUCCUUUAAAUACACCAAAGAGAGACACUGUGUGUGAUCUACUGGCACAGAGAGAGCGGUCCGACCACAUCGCCAUCACAAUGUAAGAGGAAGUGAUUUAAUCCGGGGCUUUUCCUGUGGGACCCGAGGAACGCAGUGACGCUUUGAAACGGAGCCCUUACUCUUUUUUUUUU